GUAUCUCCUACAAUUGAACUUGAACUGAAUUCACCAGCAAUCUGAGCUCAAGGUAACUGUGGCGGGAGAGUGCAAAUCUUCCCUCCAUGGCUGAAGAGUUCAAGUAUUCUUGCAACACUGCGAGUGAAACCCUACAAUGGAUCCAUGCAAUCAUCAACUUCAUUGCACCUUAUCGUUAUUUCUUAGAUGCUCAUGUCGUCAACUUUUUCAAGGAUAGACUAUGGGAACCUGUUGAUAAAGAAUGGAUGGAUUGUUUACGGAAGGAGUCGGUUGGAAAUCUUCUCCGGAUUCCUUCUGGUGUGGUUCAGGAUCACUGGCCUGGCUCACUGAAGGAGUUCAUCCUUACUCUGAGGUCUCUUUCUCUUUCACGGGAACAGGCAGAUUUUCAGGAAUUUUCAGGAAUGCACAUAGCUUCACUAAAUAAUGUUUUAGCUCAAGGGAUGAAUCAUAAGAAAAAGCAUGAACAGGUGGAAGCGCUUUCUGCUCUGGUCAGUUUAGUCGCAAAGCAAGUUGGAGCCCGAACAGUUGUUGAUGUUGGUGCUGGACAGGGUUAUCUUGCACAAGUGCUUGCUUUUGACUACCAGCUUUCUGUAAUUGCGAUUGAUGCCUGUUCACAUCAUGGUAAGAUUACUGAUGCACGUGCGGAGCGAAUAAGGAAACACUAUGCAGCUAAGAUGCGUAAAAACUGCUCCGAACAGAGAGAGUUUAGUGUGCCAAAGACAGUUACAUGCCGAGUGCUGUCUUCUGAUACACUGAGUGCCUUGAGUAACUCCCCAGUAGAGAAUGAUCAUGCAGGGAAUCAACAUUUGAGCCAAAAAUGCUCAGUCUCUCAGCCAUCUCGACUUGCUGAGGAUAUACUACCUUCUCGGUCUUAUAGUGAUUCUACAUUGGUUAUUGCUGGACUUCAUGCAUGUGGAGACCUCUCAGUGACAAUGUUGAGGACAUUCUUGGAAUGUGACAAAGCUAAGGCAGUGAUUAGUGUUGGUUGCUGUUAUAACUUGCUUUCUGAGGAAGCCAUUGACAUAGCGGAUUCUUGUUGUGGUUUUCCUGUAAGUCAAGGUGUUAAAUCUGCUGGAGUAAUGCUUGACAAAAAUGCUCGCGAUCUAGCUUGUCAGAGUGCUGAUAGAUGGAGAGGCUUGGAUGAGCACGCAGGGCUUCACAACUUUGAGUUGCAUGCAUUGCGUGCUGCCUUCCAGAUAGUUCUCUUCAGACAUUAUCCAAACAUAUUGCUAGAAAGCCCUGCAAUAGGGCGUCAAGGGAAAGCCUUACGACGCCAACAGAAUCAGAGGAUCCUGGAGUCUAAUUUGCAUCAUGGGGGGCCUUCAGAAUCUGGUGAACCACGGGAGAGUGUGUCGUUUCUUCAUGAAUACUCUUCUAUUCAGAGUUCUAAAAAUUGCAAGUCUAGAGCUGUGGACGGAUACUCCCUAUUUGUAAAAUUUUGUGAAUCUGGGUUAGGUCGCCUACAUCUCCCUCAUUUGGAGGAUACAGCUUAUAGUGCAGUCUGGAGGGAGUCUGAAUCAUACUUUGAGUUGAUAGGGCCUUAUUGGUCUCUUCGUGCUGCCCUUGGUUCUGUUUUGGAAACUCUUAUACUGCUUGACCGAUUAUUGCUCCUCCAGGAGUACGACAGUGAUCUGGAAGCAAGCCUCUUACCUAUUUUUAAUCCUGUGUUAUCCCCGAGGAAUAUGGCUAUCAUAGCUAAGAAAAUUAGGAAGUAGAAGUUUUCCCCAAUCCCCAAAAUGUGAUUCAACAUACUGUGUAGCUAUGAUUUGUUCUCAGAUAUUUUGACCGCUUCUGUUUGUUAUUCUUUUUAAGAAAUCCUUUAACCAAGAGAAAAAAAGAGCAGAAGAAAAAGGAAGCAGUUUGCGACCAGGAACUAGCUUUCUACAGGGUCCUUGUGGAAGCAAGUAUUUACAUGGACCCCUCUUAGUGGUGAAACGGUAUUAUAUUUAUCUUCACUUCUUUGUGAAUGGAAGCAAGACAAGACUUAAUGUUGGUAAACGUUAGUGGAUUA